UCUCAUCUCUCUCUUCUCUCAACCAAAUUGAAAAUUCUGAUCUUCCAAAAUCGCUACUAACAAUAAUUUGAUUGUGCAUUUGUUUUUCAUUCUUUUUUCAAUCUCUCACUUUUCUGAAUCUCGCUUUGUUUCUUUCGUUGUUGCAGAUUUCAUUCAUCACCAUCACUAAUGGAUUCUCGUUACCCUUUUCAACAACGCCGAAACACUUCUUCUCAGGAUAACUUGGAUAGGUUUAUUCCAAAUCGCUCCGCAAUGGAUUUCGGUUACGCGCACUACAUGCUGACGGAAGGUCGUAAGGAAAACAACAUUUCGGUUCCAGAGGUCAUUUCUCCCUCCACACAAGCCUAUCGCAAACGCCUUGCGGAAGCUUGUAACCUCAGUGAAAGAACUCGAAUUCUGGCUUUCAAGAACAAGCCUCCAUCACGGCUACAACUCAUACCUAAACAGAUUCUCUCACCACCACCUCUGUCCAAACCUAAACCAUCCAUUCCUAAGACAUGUCUGAGAACCUUGGAUGCCCCUGAUAUGUUGGACCACUUUUCCUUGAAUUUACUAGAUUGGGGUACAACCAAUGUCCUCGCAAUUGCCCUUCAGGAUACCGUUUAUCUGUGGAAUGAUUCAAACAGUUCCGUUUCAGAACUUGUCACCUUCAAUGAGGAACAUGGUCCUGUCGCAAGUCUUAACUGGGCCCCAGAUGGUCGCCAUUUAGCCAUUGCUUUGAACAAUUCCCAUGUCCAGAUUUGGGAUUCCAUUGCUAAUAAAAAGCUAAGGACAUUAAAGGGUGGACACAGGGCAACAGUGGGCUCAUUGGCUUGGAACAAUCAUAUUCUGACAACAGGAGGAAUGGAUGGUAAAAUAUUAAACAAUGAUGUUAGAGUGAGGUCUCCCAUUGUUGAAACUUACAGGGGACACAGCCAGGAAGUUUGUGGACUCAAGUGGUCGCCUUCAAGACAACAAUUGGCGAGUGGUGGAAAUGAUAAUGUUGUCCACAUAUGGGAUAGGUCCAUGGCUUCUUCAAAUUCACCUACUCGGUGGCUUCAUAAAUUUGAGGAACAUGGAGCUGCUGUGAAGGCAUUGGCUUGGUGUCCUUAUCAGGCUAAUCUAUUGGCUUCUGGAGGAGGUGACGGUGAUCACUGCAUUAAGAUGUGGAACACACAUACAGGUGCAAGAUUGAAAUCUAUUGACACGGGAUCACAAGUAUGUUCUCUGCUAUGGAACAAGAACGAGCGUGAACUUCUUAGCUCACACGGGUUCCCUCAGAACCAGCUUAUCCUUUGGAAGUAUCCUUCCAUGGCAAAGAUGGCGGAGCUCAACGGUCACACCUCAAGGGUGCUGUAUAUGACACAGAGUCCAGAUGGGUGUACCGUGGCAUCUGCAGCAGCAGAUGAGACUCUUAGAUUUUGGAGUGUUUUUAAAGGCCCAGCAACAGACAAAGAUAAUGAGCCGUUUGCAAAUUUCAACCUUAUCCGUUAAAGCUAAAAGGCUCACAUAAGCUUUGCAAACCCUGCAAUAUCUAAUGGUAAGAUAAAGGUAAGGGAUACGAUUUAAAAUUUUUGUUUUUAGUUUGUAAAGGCUUGUUUGUUGUAGUUAGCUAAUGUGUAAAAAUUUUGUUUUUAUUUUCUAAGGGCUUGUCUCCCUAUUGUUUUUUUCACACCCACGCACACACUAACUCUUCUAAUAAGAGUUGUAAUUUCUGUUUCCUAAGCAAGAUAUGGUACUAGUAGUUUGACAAAGACAUGGAGAACUUAGAAGGUAAUAUAGUCUUUCAGGUUCCUUUUAUUUUAUAGCCUUUUUAUGUAUUUCAAAUAUAGGGUAAAAUAUCAUGUGUGAAAAUUUGGGUUCACUCCCUAGUCCCUAUUGCUGUACUGUGAUGCAUUAAUUUACUUAAAAACUGUCCUGCUCUUGAAGUAUAUCUGUGUGUUGAAUUUUGUUAUAUUGAGUGAAGGGGAGUGAGAAUGUCUUGGAGCUUUAGAUGAGGUUCAAAUGAGAGUGAAAUCUGUUAUCUAGUUAUAUCUUUUUCUUUUUUUUUAAAUUCUUCAUUAUUUCAGUUUCAAGAAAUGUCUUUAGCAGCAAGAGGAGGAUAUGGAAAAGCAGGUGUCUGAUCAUCACAGUCUCAGCCACAAACUUCUGGUUGUGCUUGAAAAAUAGGGAAGCAUGUUUUAUUUACUUAUUACUUUUUUAUACUUAAUCAUUCUCUUUUUACCAAUUUUUCUGAUUAUGUGAUCAUAUCUAACAAUAUUGGACACGGCUCCCACUUAUUUAAUUUUGACUGUUCAAACAAAAAAUGAGGGGAAAAUACCUAUUCAUUUUUAGGACCUGCAUCAUGAGCUUGAAACUAAAUGAUGAUCCUGAGAGCGGUUCCACUUUUCCACUUCCAGAAACAAAAAAGAAAAAGAUGCUCUGGUUGACCAUGGAUAAAAGCACAUUUUUUAUCCCUACCUUAAUUAGUAUUCUAUUUUUACUGUUAGAAACUGCCUAUAUUUUAUGAAAGCAUUUGGAUAAUUGGUAUAUUAGCUUUCAUCAGUUGUGAGGUUUUAUACCUGGGUAGAAAUAUCUGUAGUGUUGUAAUUUUUUUAUUUGUUAUAUGCUCUGUAUAGCCUCCAGGUGCAAGAAAUAUUGAUUCUCUCUUUUUUUUUCCAGAUUGUUAUGGUUGUUGAUUCACGAGAUCCAUUGUUCUAUCGCUGUCCUGACCUUGAGGCUAAUGUAAAGGAGGUUGAUGGGCAUGAACGUACAUUGCAUUUGGUUAAUACGGCAGAUCUUUUACCUGCUUCUGUCAGAGAGAAAUGGGCAGAAUACUUUCGUGCUCAUGAUAUUCUCUUUAUCUUUUGGUCAGCCAAAGCUGCUACUGCUGUUUUGGAAGGCAAAAAACCUGGUUCAUCUCAGACUGAGAACAUGGUAAGUGCAAAUAACCCAGACACAAAGAUAUAUGGAAAGAAUGAAUUUUUAGCACGCCUGCAAUCAAGGGCAGAAGAGAUAGUACACAAGAGAUGAAAUUCAGGCUCCUCUGACACAGGGUCAUCCACUCUUAAAUCCUCGGGCUAAAAUGCUUGUUAGUUCAUAGUCAAGUCACGUAGUUGUAGGAUUUGUUGGAUAUCCUAAUGUAGGGAAAAGUUCAACUAUCAGUGCUCUGGUUGGACAAAAUAAAACUGAUGUCACCUCUACCUAAGGAGAAGAGGGCUUUAGACAGGGAGACCCCUUAUCACCUUUCCUCUUUCUGGUGGAAGCAGAAGGCCUACAUAUGAUGAUGUCGAGAGCAGUUCGGCGAAAAUUUUUGACGGCUAUCACUUUGGCAGUGAUGGAAAAUUGUUUGGGCCAUAAAAGCUUCGUUGCAACUAUUCACACUCAUAUCUGGGCUGAAGAUAAACUUUCACAAGAGCAUGCUAAUCGGCAUUAAUUUAUCCAAAUUCUGGUUGGAGGAAGCAGCGUCGCUUUUGCAAUGUAGAGUUGGUACCUUGCCUUUCAAGUAUUUGGGAUUACCGAUUGGUGGAGAUCUGCGCAGGGAGGGAUUUUGGAAACUGGUUCUGGAUUCUGUCAGGAGUAGGCUGUUUGGGUGGAGCUACAAACAACUUUCUAUUAGAGGUAGAAUUGUCUUGUUGACAUCUAUUCUGUACGCUUUACUGGUUUAUUUUCUUUCGUUUUUCAAAGCUCCCUCACGAAUAAUCUUUGAACUCAAAUCUUUUUAAAAAUAAAUUAUGGGGUGGGGAUUUGGAUGAUAGGAAAAUAAAUUGGGUUCCGUGGGAGAUAAUUUGUCGUAAAAAGAAAGAUUGGCCUUGCUAGGUAAAUGGGAUUGGAGUUGGAGGAUAGAAUGGAAAAAAAAAAGCCUUUGGUAUAGAGUGUUAGUGAGUAAGUAUGGAGAGUCAAACGGUAGAAUUAAUAGAAAAGGGAGAGACUUCUCAAAGUGGUGGAAAGAUCUUCAUAAGAUUGAAAACGGUUUGUGGGGUUCCAAUGCGAACUGGUUCUCUAACAAGUUGAGAUUAGAAGUUAGAAAAUUGCGAAGAGGCUUGGUUUUGGGGUAAGAAUAAGUACUCGGUUAAAGAAGCAUACAAAACAAUAAUGGAGGGAAUAUCGCUUGAAAACCAUAGGGACCUCUCUGUUGCUUGUGAUAACCUGGUCCCGCUGAAGGUAGCGGCAUUGGUAUGGAGACUCUUGCAGAACAAGAUCCCCUCGAAGGAUAAUCUCAUUAAAAGAGGUUCUUUGAGCGAGUCUCACUCUGGGGGCUCAGCAUUGUGUGGAAUGGCUGAGAGUGCAUCUCACCUAUUUUUCGACUGUCCUCUUUACUCCGCGGCGUGGCACAAAAUCCUUUCUUGGCUGAAUAUUUCCCCUGCUUUGCAUAAUUCUGCCCCAUCACAUUUAUGUCAAUUUACAAGGCUGCUAGGCAGAGGUAGGGUGAGGGAUACAAUAUUUUCUGUUUUACGGUUUGCUUGUAAUUGGAUUUUGUGGAAAAAGAGAACGAAAAAGAUUUUUAGAAACUCAAGCGGAUCGACGGAUGUUUGGAUUGAAGAAAUCCAAGUGGUGGCUUGGAAAUGGUUAAAGUCUAAGCUGUAUGGUUUCAACUACUCCUUAAGCCAAUGGAUUUUGAAUCCAUUGGAUUGUUCCUAACGUCUUAGUCUGAGAGUUUCCUCUUGUUUGGGAGCCCCCGAUCUCGUGGUUCUGUCAAUUUUAUUUUCCUACGGCUACAGGUAAAGGACCAUUGCUAGUAUGUUACCCAAGAUCAGAUCAUGCACUUAUUGAAAUUUUUAGCUGAGUUUUUGCUGCGAUGUCCGCAAUCUGAAGCUUGCGGCAUUGAAGCCGCCGCCGUGUUGGUCAUUUUGGCAGAGACCUUACUGGCUGUGUCAGUUUUCCUUUUUUGUAUUUGUGGUGCUAGGAGCUGGUUCUGGUUUAGCAGGGGUAAGGUUUUCGCGGUGCCUUAUUCCAUUGGUGCCUUAUUCCAUUGCUGAGAUUCUGUUUGGUCUUUGGAGUAUUGCAGCAGCUGCAUUUUUGAGUUGAUAACCAGUUGGAAGUUAUCAGAUUUCAGUUGUUUUGGAGCAGCUCUGGUUUCUCCGUGUUUCGCCCUGGUUUAUCGUUGUUUCUGGCUUUGCUUUGUUCCGUCCGGUGUUCGACGAGGGUUCUGUGCAAUAGAUGCUGGUACUUGUUGGGCUGCGAGGUGGUUGUUCUUGGUGGUGCAGUUUUAGUUUUAUUUGUCGUUACUCCUUGUCUAAUAUUGAUUUUAAGCAGUAGGAGCUUUGGUUUGUUUUGGUAAUUUUUCAGGAGUGAGAAGAUCAUGUACCGAUUAGACAUAUUAGAUGGAAGAAGAAUUGAAUUAAACUUCUUAUAAUCUAAGGCCACUUCCAAAAGAGAGGUUUUUUAAGCCAUUUUUCCAGCAUGGCAUUCCGAAACAAGUUUUUACCAUUAGAGAGAGAAGUUAUUUCUCCAGCUGACAAUAUUGUUCAGAAAAAUAAUGUGAUUUGAAAUUAGAAUAAUAAUAAAAUAAUACUUUUUGUUUUUUUA